GGGGGAUAAUGUUUCUCCUGGCAAGCUCACAUUCUCUCUCAGAUUCAGUUUCUCUUCCAGUAUGACUUGCAUGCACCAUCGCGGAGACAAUCAGGGAUUUUGUGCUUGUAGGCCGAACCAUUCCGUUCCUCAACUGUAGGAUAAACUCAUGGUGAUCACCGGGCGCUCCCCGAGGUCGCUCCCCGGUGUCUUACCCCCCACGGGGCACAAUGGGCUUGUAAGAUGCCCUCUUUGUGGAAGCGGAUCACAUUCUCUGUGGCCUCUGUGCUGUGCGUCGGCUCCGUGGGCCUGCUGGUGGUGGCCCUGUCCACGGAGCGGUGGGUUACCGGACGGAUUCUGUGUCAAACUGGAGUGGACUUAGUGAAUGCGUCUCACCCCGAACUGAACCAGUUCGUUGGGGAUAUUUAUUAUGGUUUAUUCCAGGGAGGAAAGACCAAGAAGUGUGGUCUCGGAACCAGACGAUCCAAAAUCUACAUUUUCCCAAACCUUGUGCAGACACUGAACAGUGGUCUUCACAUGAUGGUGAUUCUUUUCCUUUUGGUGGCUGUUGGCUUUGCUCUGGUCAGUCUGUCCUUCAGCAUUUAUAAUGCUCGUAAAGUCCCCUACCAGAGCAUCAAAGGACACAAAGGACUCUAUCUGUGGAACUUCAUAGCUGCUCUGUUUGGUGCCCUCGGUGUUCUGUGUUUCCUGGCAGCUUUGAGGCAUCACCGUCUGACGGAGCGAGUGGCGAACUAUAAAGAGAACCUCUUUGUUCUGGUUGUGCUGGAUGACUCUCUGGACUGGUCUUUCUGGUUGGGGGUUGGCAGCGUUGGGACUCACUUUGCUGUUUGUGGAGUGGUUGCCAUGAGUCGCUUUAAGUUGCCCAAACCAGAGAUCAAGAAACCAGAACAACCCACCAUCUCUUCUGUGGAUCUGCUCUACUGAUGAACUGUUAAUGUGUCCACCACUGAUGGAUGAUGAGCAUAAAAACUGUCUGUCUGUAACCUUUUGUCUUUAAAGGAAUUGCUGUAAAGUUCUUGGACCAACUUUAUUGUCCAAAGGCCUGUAAACUUUGGAUUAUGGGUGAAAAAAAUAACUAAUCUCAGAAUAUGAAAAACAAAUGAGAAAUAUAUUUUUUAAUCUUGAGCCUCUAAGUGAUGAAAGUAAAGGGAAUCAAGAAACGUAUCUAUGACGUGAACCUGAUUUAUCACCUCUGCCUGUAUGAUUCAAAAUGGACCACAUAUGAAAUUAGCCUUGGUUUGUAAAUCAGAAUCUGCCCAAGAACUGAUGACACUGUGUUUUACUUUAGGAAUCAAAACUAUUUGAAUAGGUGGUGGCUGAGAUCCCUCUUUCAGAGCAAUUUAUGAAAUAGAUUUUAUGGUGAUAGAGAAGAAAGUCACAUAUGACAGUAAAAGUUCCAUCAUAGAGCAAGACCUAACACAUUUUUGUGCAUAAUGGCGUAGAUAUAAUUAGCUAGUUCAAUUAGCUCAGUGAAGGGAAAUGAUGCCAAUGAGUUGAGGACAUAUUUGAAAGAAAAUCACACAACAAUAGCAUUGUUACUUUGCAGCCACAAGCUAAUGGAUGUGACUCCACUGGCCGUUGAAUCCUCCAGGAGCAAACAGAUAAAAGACCAAACACUGGCAAAUACACUCAUAUAUUUGUUUCUGCUUUUUGAUGCUGACUGAACCGAAUAAGAUCUGUUGCGAUCAUCCCCGAAUGAGUUGUGCACUCUGUAAUAGUUAACAUGUUACAAAGAAGUCUUUUAUUAUUAUAAGUGCAUAAUGUAAUUUCUAUGUGCUUUUAGUAUUAUUUCAUGCUUUUUGUGUGUAAGUCAGGCUCUUUGUUUUAACUUCUGUUUGUCCAGCAUGAUCUGUGAAAAACCAUAAAAAGUCACCUAAUUCAGUAAUAACUGGUUUACAAGAGAGUUAAAGGGGCAUGUAGAUGGUGAUGCAAAGUUAGUGUGAUUGUUUUUUUCUUAAGGUGCACAUGCCAAAAAAUAACGUAAGGGAAAAAGUUGGGUGGUGCACUUUCUAGUUCAUCUCCACACAAGAACAUUUGCCUUUCCAGAAAAUUGUUAUAAGAAUCCUCUUUGUUUUAUGCAGGGUUAAGAUUCUAUUAAGAUCUGCACCUGACCGGUUAAAAUGUGGUUUUAGUGACUGCAAACAUCCUCAGAUCCCCACUGAUGCUCGCCUAUGCCCUCAAAAGGCUCUAGACAUCAGCAGUAGAUAUAUGCAGAAAUAGAGCACCCCACACUAGAAUCAUGCAGAUGGUGUGAUGGGACAUUGCCUAAAUGAGUAGUACUGCCAUCCUCUUCACCUGGAUGAUGACUCACUAUACAAAGUUGUAAAAAUCAGUCAGAAUGUGAAUCGUCUUAGCAAGGCCUGAGUAGGAAUUCUGUGAAUCUAAUAAAACUACAGUGUCCUAUCAGAAUCAGGAGGGUUUUACUGCUAAAUGUGCAAGAAUCACAACAUUAGGAAAUUGCUGCGGUACUGGGUGACAAAGAAAAGGGAGAUAAUAAUAGGAGAUAAGAAAAUAUAGGGAGUAAGAAAAUAAUAAGUGGAAACACUUAGAGAAAUGGCUGAUAUAUGCAAGACAGUGUAGGUACUGAUCAGAGUGGAUCAGUUCAGGUACAAACACAACACAGGUGUCAGGUGACUAGAACCAAGCCACUGGAGUGGGCAGAGCUAGGAUUGUCGUCCAUGAGACAACAGCAGAGGGGAAGAAACUGUCUUGUGGCGAGAGGUUCUGGUCCUGUCAGAUGGGAGCGAGUCAAAGAGACUGUGUCCAGGGUGGCACAGGUCAGCUGUGAUCCGACCUGCACGCCUCAAUCUCCUGGGGGUGUACAGAUCCUGUAUGGAGGGGAGUUUGCAGCCAAUGACCUUCUCAGCAGAGUGUACAACACUCUGCAGCUUAUUCUUGUGCCUGGUGGUAGCUCCAGCGUACCACACAGUGACUGAGGAGGUGAGGCUGAACUCGAUGACUGUGGUGUAAAACUGCCUCAUCAACUGUGCUGGCAGGUUGAAUUUCUUCAGAUGCCUGAGGAAGUUCAUCCUCAGCUGGGCCUUUUUUAUGACAGAGGUAAUGGUGGGAUCCCACUUGAGGUCUUGGUUGAUGGUGGUUCCCAGGAAGCAACAUGAGUCCACCAUCAUGA